AUGGCGGUGGAUUUCUUAGCCAUGGAGGAGAACCUUCGUUGGGAAGGUGCUGAGGCUGAGGCUCACUAUCGCGAGCUGAUGAACUUUGAUGAGUUUAACUUUUGGAUCUCCGAGUACUUUGACCCUCCGGCGCCAGCAAAGAAUGUCUUGGACGCACUGGCGAUUCUCAUGGGAUGGUCUGGAGACUCGAAGCAGAUUGUCACCCGCAUCACUGGGCAAAGACACACAGAGGCCUUGUGA